UCUCAAAAAAAAGAAAGAAAAAAAAAAUCCCACACUUUCCUACCCAUUUCUUCACAUCACCUAGCUUCAUCUUUCAUUCAAGAUUCUUAGAAAUCACAAUAACAUCUAAUUACCAAUUCACCAAUCACCAUGUUCAUGCCUGUAAGCUGCUCAAACUGCAACACAUAUCUGCAGUUACCUACAGGUUCUCAGAUUGUAUGCUGCUCCAGAUGCGCAUUGCGCUUUGCCAACUCAAGGUGUCCUCCUCCUCCUCCUCCUCUUCCCCGGUCAUACUCCUUCUCCUCUUCCUCCUACAACAACCGCCGUCCUUCCCUGUCAUAUGCCUUCUCCUUUUUCUCCUACAACAACCGCCCUCCUCCGCCUUCUCGGUUGCCUUGCCAACGCAAGCGAGCCGUGAUAUGUGGCAUAAAUUAUAAGGGAAUGGGGAAGAACAUGGAGCUCGAGGGCUGCAUUAAUGAUGCGAUUGCAAUGCAGAAUUUGCUGGUCAGGGAGUUCAAAUUCCCUGCGUCUUCCAUUCGCAUGCUCACUGAAAAAGGAGGUCAUCAGCCUCCUACCAAAAUAAAUAUAACGAUAGCACUGCGUUGGCUUGUGCAAGAUUGUCAAGCAGGGGAUUCGUUGGUGUUUUAUUUUGCCGGUCAUGGUGAUCAACAGCCCGACAACACAGGAGACGAGGUGGACGAACUAGACGAGACACUUUUGCCCUUAGACUACGAGACUAAGGGAGUGAUCGUUGAUGAUGAGAUCAAUGAAAUGAUUGUCCGACCUAUUCCGGGCGGUGUCAAGCUCCAUGCUAUUGUGGAUGCUUGCCACAGUGGUACUGUUCUUGAUUUGCCAUUUCUCUGCAAAAUAGACAAAAGCGGCCAGAGGUGGUUCUGGAAGGACCAUAGACGACCUCAAAAAGCUGGUGUUUGGAAAGGAACGAAAGGUGGAGAGGUCAUUUCCUUUAGUGGAUGUAAUGAUCAUCAGUGUGCUGUAGAGAAAACAAUCCCACGGGGUGCCAUGACUUGGGCUUUCAUCGAUGCCAUUGAUCGUGGGUGUGGAAAUACAUAUGGCAACUUGUUAAUUGCAAUGCAAUCUACCGUCCUUAAGGAUUGUAUUGAUACGGAUUCCGUCAUACAAGAACCACAACUAACUUCAAGUGAAGUAUUUGAUGUGUUCACAAGGCCUUUCUCACUAUAGAGAGCUAGCUAGCUAGCCACUCUUUUGGUAAGCCAAGAUCCAAUCUUCUUCUUGUCAGCAACUGUACGUGCUCUUUGUAUCUCUAAUUCUACCCUCGUUUCUUCCCAAUUGUCAUUCUUUCUCUAAUUGGUUCUAGGCGUGAAGUUCCUGUAAAGUUACUCAUUUACAU